CUCCAAUUUAAAUAUUUUCAUAAUUUUUACUUGAAAUUUAUUUAUUGGAUCUACCAGUUCAAUUAGGCGAUGCUCUAACCUCUGAACUCUGAACCUUCCCUCAUCGUUUUUAGGGCUUUUCUGCACUCUCUCGCGCGCUCGAAAAUGACCAAGUUUCGGAAGUUGGGCCGCCCGGCGGCUCACCGGAUUUCCAUGCUCAGGACGAUGGUUUCGCAGCUUGUCAAACAUGAGCGUAUAGAGACAACUGUUGCUAAAGCAAAGGAACUUCGUAGGCUUGCUGAUAAUAUGGUGCAACUUGGGAAAGAGGGAACUCUAUGUGCUGCAAGACGUGCUGGUGGCUUUGUGCGUGGUGAUGCUGUUCUUCACAAACUAUUUACAGAACUGGCGUAUAGAUACAAAGAUAGAGCCGGUGGAUAUACAAGAAUGCUAAGAACACGAAUCCGUGUUGGUGAUGCUGCUCCUAUGGCAUAUAUUGAGUUCAUUGACAGAGAAAAUGAGCUUAGACAAUCAAAACCGCCCACCCCACAGCCACCGCAAAGACCCGCCAUGGAUCCUUGGACAAAGUCCCGGCUCAGUAGGCAGUUCGCACCCCCCAAAGUUGAGAAACUUUCCGACUCCAAGAUUUGAAAAAAGGUGUGUAUCGAAUGUGUUGAAGAAUUUAUACGCUCUUGUAGUUUCGAGCAACCAAAUCUGCUACCUUUAAUGUGAAGUGGCUUUGAAGUGUGAUUUGUUAGAUGUUUAAGAACAAGAUUACAUAAAAAAAACUCUUUUUGGUGGU